AAGGAUGUUGCUGCUGUUGCUUGAGCUGCUUUGAGCCACACUGUUUCAUCUGGAGCUAUCAGGGCUGAUGAGAGCCUCUCGUCUUUCUGGGUCUGCUGCAGCUGCUGUGUGCACAGAGAGACAAAGAAAUGCUGUAAAGGCAUGUCUGUGGCUUAUUGGUGUUGCUUUGUGAGCCGGCAACCAGAGUUCAGGGAAUUUUAACCUUCCAUGGUUGUGUAAUGGUUUUAUCAUCAUGAUAUCCACAUGGGCAUCAGUGAUUGCCAUGCUGCUGGCAUUUGUGAAUGGAGCCAGAAAUGAGGAUAACAUACAGCCAUGUGCAAAGGUCCAAACGUCCAGCUUGGUGGUGCCUUUGGGGUCACCUGUCACAGCCACCUGUGCCAUCAGAGAUGGCUGCCCUCUGGUCAUUGGACAAAAUAUUCAUAUAGAGUGGCGCCUCGGCGAUCGCUUUCUCCCCAGCAGCCCCGUGGCCAAUGAGAGCAGUAGGGUUUCUGAGGUUGUUAUACCCAACUUCAAUCACACCAGGGUGUUCCUCACCUGCUGUGUCCAGUCCUCUCCUGUUCAAGUGGUAGGAGGAGUGGAGAUCAGAGCUGGAUAUCCACCAGAGGCACCCCAAAACCUCAGUUGUCAGACAAACCUUACCACCCCUAACACCCUGACCUGUACCUGGGACCCUGGGCGACAGGCGACCCACCUGCACACAAAGUACACCCUCCACACCAAGAUAUGGGAUUCAAACGAGAACCACACUUAUAAGGUGUUACCAGGAGUCCACCGCUACACCAUCCCUCGCUCUGGCUUUGUCCUGUUCUCAGAAAUGGAAAUCUAUGUGAAGGCAGUGAAUGAACUUGGAGAAGCAACCUCAGUACCUCUCAUUUUGGAACCCAUCAGUGCAGCUAAGUUUGACCCACCAACAAUUCUGAAGGCUCAAGUGGUGCCUAAAAGGUAUGGCUGCCUAAAGCUGAGCUGGAGCUUAUCUCAACAUCAGGCCUGGAUGCGUGACUACCGCCUGAAGCUGGAAGUCCGACUUAAGACUGCUGAAAGCAGUAAAUGGAGUGAACAACCAAUUCCAUUGAGCCGAGUUAGACCAACCAGACCUGUGGAACAGUGUCGUCUCCUCCAUGGGACUCACUAUCUCAUCCAGAUUAGAGUCAGAUACCAGCAGAGCCCCUGGAGUGAAUGGAGCAGCAGCCAGUCUGGAGUCACCUUGGAGAGUGCUCCCACUGGACGCCUAGACUCGUGGAUGAAGGUAUCAGGGGACAAACAACGCAAUAUACACUUGUUUUGGAAGCCAUCAAAACAAUUCCGUGCCAACGGCCAAAAUGUGUCAUACAUUGUCUCAGUGCAAAAACUGCCAGGUGAAAAGGGAAAGGUGUGCUCUACAAUGGGGAAUUACUGUACUUUCCAGCUUCACAGAGGAGCAAAGAAAGUGUAUCUGAGUGCUGUAAAUGCAGCAGGGAAAUCCUCCCCCACAGAAGUUCAGAUUUACCUAACUAAAGGUCAUACAGUGAUAUCAAAUGUCACAGUCACUCCUCAUGAUGACAGAUCCCUACUGGUCCAGUGGAGAAGCCUGCUUUCUUCCAGUCUCACUGGUUUUGUGGUGGAAUGGAGACCUUUGUUAAAAACAGACCUCUCUCUCGUCCAGUUUGAAAUAACUGACAGAAACCAGACACGCCUUGUUAUAACAGGAAGCUUUGAGCCCUACAAGCCCUAUGGGAUCUCUGUGUAUCCUAGGUUUAAGGAUGGGAUAGGCCUUCCUCAGACUGUUAAUGCCUACUCAAGACAAAAGGCUCCAUCCAUGGUUCCAAAAUUAAGAAUUAAAAAGACCUGGCAAUCACAUAUUGAGCUUUACUGGGAUGAAAUACCAUUAGACCAAAGGAAUGGAAUUAUCCAGAACUACAAAGUCUUCUACUGGAAUGAGAAGGCACUCAUUAAUGCUGUGAAUGUGGAACCGGAAGAAAGGAGGUUGGUCCUGAAAGACCUCAACACUGGGUCUUUGUAUGAAGCUUUCAUGAUGGCUAGCACGUUUGGUGGGAGCCUGAAUGGGUCAACAAUUCAUUUCGAAAUCGAGCCCUUUGAUGCGGUUGCUGUUGUGAUGAUUGUAACUGUGUCUGGUGUUGGACUAUCAUUGUUGAUUAUCUUCACAGUCAUGACUUGUUUUUCCAACCACAAAAGGAUGAAAAGGCGUUUCUGGCCAGUUGUUCCAGAUCCAGCUAACAGCAGUGUCAAGAGAUGGACAUCCGACUCAACACAGGAUGCCUGUCUUGCCUCAGACAGCGAAGAGCCCAAUCCAAUAUACCUGUCCCAUCUCAGUUUCCUGGACCUCCCUGUGAAACUAAGUAAAGAGCACGAUGACACAUGGUUAAGCAGUGCAGAGGACACCAGUGACCUUGGAGAGUCCAUAUGUGGUUCACCAUUCAUCCCUGGCUACUCUGGUUCAAACAGUGACUCUGUUCCUUAUGCCACUGUUAUGUUCUCUGGUCCUUGCAACAGUCCUGCACCUAACGUGCCUCAUGUCUACGUGCGUUCUGAGUCCACACAGCCUCUCUUGGAGACUGAAGAAUCCUUCAGUCCAAAGUGCUACAGGAAUAUGGCGACUGAAAGGAUGCCAAGAGAGCAAUGUUUUUUUGGAUCGUGCCAUGAUUUUGCACCAGAAGAAGCGGCAGACCCAGACAUUCUUUGGGAUGACUUUCCUUUUCUACGAGCAUUAGCAAUGAAUGAUACUCAAAACGAUUAAAAGUACUGAUUAUAAGAGUAAACGCUUUGCAAGAAGACGAUUCAUUUAUAGAUCUGAGUUUGUGUAAUGAGCCAUUUGUGAUAAGUUGAUCCAGCCUAGCACACAUAAAUGCAUGUUAGAUUUAAUACUGAAAUCACUUUGAUAUUUAAUGAUUAUGAUGCCCAUGCUUUGUCUGUACCACACUUUGUACAUACAUCUCCUCUUUAGAAAAUAAACUGUUUUACCCAAGAAAAAAA